CAAGGUUCAUUUUCUUUUUCCUGCUUAACUAUCUAUUGCGGGAAGGUAAAAGAGAUACCGGCUGUCGAAUAAAAAAAAAGACGGAACACCUGGUGAGGUAUGCGGGAAGAAGGCAUUUUAUUACUACUGUUACUACCUCUUUUGGUUUAUGGAGACCUCCUUUCAAUUCCAUCCACAACAUUCAAAAUACCGAGAAAUGCUCAAGAAGGUGAUCUUAUAAUAGGACCCGAGUUUAUAAGGGCUUCUGAGGACAUUGACGAAGCUCUUAACUUAGAGCUUGAAGGCACAAAUCCGUCCCCAAUUGCAAUAAAUGGCUCAAUAAUUGAUGCUGGUCAGCCUGUUAAAUUCAUUUUAGUGAACAAAAAUGCAUUUGAUAGUGGGAAGAGCAAGGUUAAGCUCCAAGCAAUCGGUGUAAUCUCCGGCAAAGUUCAAGAAGAGACCAUCAAUUUUGAGGUUGAAGCUUCCUCGGAUCUCCCAUCAAUUCCAGAAAUUUCAAACUUCGUCGUAAAAUCUGAUUUCCAAGAAAAAGAAACUGCAAUUGUGAGAGUAAGCUCACCAAUUCCACCGAAUUCGGAACUAGACAUUCUCGGAAGUUACGCUCAACGAGUCACUGCCACUUUUGAAGACGACAAAAUUAUUCUGAAUACAGUACCAUGCCACGCGGACACGCCAUGUGAGGUUACGUUUCCGUUUGUGGUGAUUUUGGUGCUACGGAAUGGGGAGAACCACGUGGAGGCCUUGCUCACUUUUCAAGAGGAAAAGAAAUCCUCUCUUAAAAUGGCCCAAAAACUCUACCAAACCACAAUCGAAGAGCACACCGGAGAGCAAGACCAUCUCGUGAAAAUCUCGACAAAAGGUGGAAGUUCAGAGGUUCUAUAUUCGCUUCGGGAUGCAUCCGGCCUAUUCUCAAUUCAUCCGAAAGAAGGAAUCCUGUCAAUUUUGCAUCCGGAAUUCCUGUCAAUUAGUUCAUUUGGAGAUACUGUAAAUUUGACAGUAGUCGCGACGGACGGUGAUAAGACUGCCGAUGCGAUGAUCAACGUGAAAAUUGUGCCGGAAGUGGAGAAGAAUGUCGUAUUUGGAUUUGAAAAGGAGUCCUAUGACAUUACCGCAGAGAACAUCAACUCAAUUUUGGGGAAUAUCAAAGCAAAAUCCGCAAGCCCAGUUGUCUACCGUAUCACUGAAGGUCGUAUCGAUCUCUACAAAGUUGAGCCAAAUGGAGAUCUGGUUUAUACUGGGAAAAUGGUGAAGGGAGACAGAGAAGAUGAUGUUACGGUCGUUGUCCAACAAGGCGGCUUGAAAAUGGCCUCCACCAAAGUGCACAUCAACCUCAAGGGAAUCGGCUCGAAUCCAGUGUCCACAAGCGAUGAGCUCGAAAAAAUCGAGCUCAUCUCCUCAGAAGACCCAAAUGGCGUGGUGGUGACAUUGAUCCAGUUCCAGGAUGAGGAUAAGGAUGCCAAGUUGACAUACGAGUUGACGAUGGAGAAUGGCGUAGACGAGAACGGAAAUAUGAUCCCUCUCCAAGAACAGUUGUUUGAGAUCAAAUCUGAAGAAAAAGUAGCUCAUUUGGUAGUUUCUGGAAAUUUGAAAACAUCGAAAAUCACAACCAUUCUUCUGAAAAUUACCGCCCGCGACUCCACUCAUCCCAAGGAGCCUAGCGUUACAGUAACCCGACUCAUUGUGAUCCAACGCGAGAAAUCAGAAGAAGAACCAAUGGGUCUUAACCUGAUUCCCCUACCAACUGAGAUCCUUGUGCCAGUGGAUUCGGCAGUUGGGAGCUUCAUCUACAAGGUUACUGUGCUUCCGAUGAAGGAAAAUCUGCAGUAUUCAAUUGAGCCUGAGCACUUGUUCCAAAUCCUUGAUGAUGGUUCAAUAGUGACUCAGAAGGAGUUGACCGUGGAAGCUGAGCAGCUCAAAAUCCACGUCGAAGUAUCAGAUGGCUCCGAGAAAAAAUCGACGGAAACCACGCUAACACUAAAGAAAACUCUUCAUCCACAUUUCACAGAGUCCAGAUACGACGUCACCCUGCCACGUCAGACACCAAAGGAUUCAGUGAUUACUGUAGUUUCGGCAGUCGGGGGAAAUGGAGAACCUGUGAAUCAGUUUGUUCUGAAAAAAGGCGGUCACUCGAAACACUUCAAAAUUGAUGAAAAAGGAGCACUCCGUCUUGCUGAUGAGCAAGAAAGAUUCGAUGAUCUAGACGAUGAGAUGGAUCUUCUAGUCGCACUGGCUGAAAAUCCAACAAUCUCAGUGCCAGUUCACAUUUCGCUCAAGAAAAACCGUAAUCCUAGAAUUGAUUUGGUAGAAAAUCAGAUUUUCGCAACGGUGUACGAUAACCUGCCUAUAAACUCAUAUGUCGGAAAAGUCGAGGUGGCAAGUAAAGAGCUUGUGAAGUUUGAGAUGACGUCCGAUGAGAAGGGAAUGAGUAGCUUGUUUGGAAUUGAAGAGGAUGGAACGAUUAGAAGCAAGGAUUGGUUGGCAGGCUCCGAAGGAAUGCACAAGUUUUCCGUGCUCGCUAGCAAUAUCGACCAAGCCGGUGUUCGAUCUGCCAACGCUACCGUAGUCAUUGAUGUGAUCAAGUCGAAUGAGUGCUCACCAAAGUUCAAGAGAGAUGAGAACUUGAUUUUCUAUGUUCGAGAAAACACCCCAAUAGACACUGUAAUCGGAAAAGUUUCCGCAGACGUGCUACCAGGGAAAUGUGCCUUGGAGUACUCAAUUAUUGGGCCUAACUCUGAAAUUUUAAGUAUUAACUCAGCUAAUGGGGAGCUGAAGACCUCUAAGGAAUUCGACUUCGAGAAGCAGAAGAGCUACCUAUUAACCCUAAAGCUGGUGGCUGGAAAGUACAAUUCUGUAGAAUCAGGAGCCGAGCUGAAAAUUCUUGACGUUGAUGAUCACGAAGUGAAGUUUGAACUCCAAGAACAAACCGUUGAAAUCCCAGAGGAUGCGCCUUUAAAUACUGUAGUGGCUACAGUCAAGGCCACAGAAGGAGACGAGUCUCAGGAAGUGUUCUAUCAUUUGAAGGCUGGAUCUCCACCUCAAUUUUCACUAAACUCAAAGACCGGCGAGGUUAUGGUGGAGCAGGCCCUAGACCGAGAGGCUCUAGAUAAUUUUGAGAUCGAAAUUGGAGCUUCUAACUCUGUAGAUUUGAUCGGAACAGCUGCCAUGAAGCUAUUGGUGAAGGUGAAAGAUGUCAAUGACAAUGGCCCGACGUUCGAUAGGCCGCAAUAUUUCACAGUAGUCUCCAAGGAUACUGUAGUAGGAGCCGAGCUUUUAGAGCUGAAUGCUUACGAUCCAGACCUUUCGGAUCAAGAGAAGAAGCUAGAGUAUACGGUGACUGCGUCAAGCUUCGAGUAUCGAGGAAUGUCGAGAAACGUCGAAGAUGUGCUGGACAUCCGGGGUGGCGAGAAUCCAAAGAUCUACCUUUCAAAACCACUCACCGACUAUGUGGGAGGUGUCUUCAAUGUACAACUUCAAGUCAGAGACACCGUGGAUGGAACCAUCGGAAAAUCCGCAUUAAGAGUGUAUGUCCAUGACUCCAGUGACCUCUUAAGCCUUGAGCUACCGUACUCCCCAAGUACAGUAUCCCAGGGGGUCAUUCAAGAGUUUACGGAGAACUUGAGCAACUCUACUGGGCUCACUGCAAUUCCGAAGUCAGUUUACUACAAAGCUCCACAUGGAAUAAUGUCCACAAACUCUAUAGAUCUACAAGUGAUCUUCUUCAACAAAAGUAUGUCGGAAAUUGUACCGGCUGAAAGGAUCCUCGCUAUGCAAGACAUGAGGCAAGACAAACAUCAGCCAAUCCUUCGGAAACCCGCUUCCCCAUACCUUAUGACCUCAGAGGACCCAAGAUCAGACACUCUGAUCCAGCCGGAAUUAUUUUUCAUGGUACUAGGCUUCCUAGUCCUGUUGGCAAUUACUCUCGCACUAUGCGGAAUGAUGGCUUGCUUUGCGAGAAGUCGGUUUUUGAGGGAGAAGAGGAUUAUGGAGAAUGAGAUGGCGAUCAAGGAUGCGAUACAGUUCCCGUCGAAUAGGAGUCCCGCGUUGGUAAGCUUCAAGCACUUUGCACCACCAUCCGCAGAAAUGUACCGAAACCACGAAGAACACAUGUACCGAUCACCCAAUUUGAACGAAAAAAUCGGCAGUUAUGCAGUCCAGCAGGCGACGAUUACUGUAGCCGAGCACGAGGAGAAAAUCUGAAAAAAUUGAAUAUUUUGAAUUUCGCGAAAAUUUGCUCCAACCAGCCAAAAUCCGGUCUAAUUAUGUAUACUUCUCGAAUACUGGUAAUUUUUUUUUAAUAAUUGCUCCUUUUUAUUUGUUGUUUUUUUUUUGCUAAAAGAUUUAAUUUUUUGUCAAUCUGCCAUAAAUGGUUUUUUUUCACUCCGAAACUCCUCUCUGGGAAAGGUUUGAAUAAAGUGAUAAUAGAAUGC